ACACUGACAGCACCACACACCGCUAGCCGUUAGCCCUUAGCACCUGCUUCAUUCAUCACAAGCUAACUACCGCUAACAUGCAGGAAUGGGCGAAUCAUCUCUGCGAGAAUCGACAAUUUGGAUCCAAAAUGACGGACUCCAAGUACUUCACCACCACCAAGAAAGGUGAGAUCUUUGAGCUGAAGGCUGAGCUCAACAGUGACAAGAAAGAGAAGAAGAAAGAAGCUGUAAAGAAGGUCAUUGCCUCUAUGACAGUUGGCAAGGAUGUCAGUGCUCUAUUCCCAGAUGUUGUGAACUGCAUGCAGACAGACAACCUGGAACUGAAAAAGCUGGUCUACCUCUACCUGAUGAACUAUGCCAAGAGUCAGCCAGACAUGGCUAUCAUGGCUGUGAACACCUUUGUAAAGGACUGUGAAGACCCCAACCCUCUCAUCCGGGCUCUUGCUGUGCGUACAAUGGGCUGCAUCCGUGUGGACAAGAUCACAGAGUACCUCUGUGAGCCACUGAGGAAAUGUCUAAAGGACGAAGACCCGUAUGUGAGGAAGACGGCUGCUGUGUGUGUAGCAAAGCUCCAUGAUAUCAAUGCUCAGCUGGUGGAGGACCAAGGCUUCCUGGACACCCUUAAAGACCUCAUCUCUGACUCCAACCCAAUGGUUGUAGCAAAUGCCGUGGCAGCGCUGUCUGAGAUAGCGGAGUCUCAUCCCAACAGUAAUCUGAUGGACCUGAACCCUCAAACCAUUAACAAGUUGUUGACCGCUUUAAAUGAGUGCACAGAGUGGGGACAGAUAUUCAUUCUUGACUGCCUGGCCAAUUACACACCUCGUGACGACCGUGAGUCCCAAAGCAUCUGUGAGCGUGUGACGCCAAGGCUCUCACACGCCAACUCUGCCGUGGUGUUGUCGGCAGUUAAAGUUUUAAUGAAGUUUAUGGAGAUGCUGCCCAAAGACUUGGACUACUAUGGCACCCUGCUGAAGAAGCUCGCACCUCCGCUGGUCACUCUCCUUUCUGCUGAGCCCGAGUUGCAAUAUGUGGCUCUUAGAAACAUCAAUCUCAUCGUUCAGAGGCGCCCAGAGAUCCUGAAACAUGAGAUGAAGGUUUUCUUUGUAAAAUAUAAUGACCCAAUUUAUGUCAAACUGGAGAAACUGGACAUCAUGAUUCGUCUGGCAUCUCAAGCCAACAUCGCUCAGGUUCUGGCUGAGCUGAAGGAAUACGCCACUGAGGUGGACGUGGACUUUGUUCGGAAAGCGGUCAGAGCCAUUGGCCGCUGUGCCAUCAAAGUAGAGCAAUCAGCAGAGCGCUGUGUUAGCACACUGUUGGACCUCAUCCAGACCAAGGUCAACUAUGUGGUGCAGGAGGCCAUUGUGGUCAUCAAGGACAUCUUCCGAAAAUACCCCAACAAGUAUGAGAGUGUCAUCGCCACGCUGUGUGAAAACCUGGACUCCCUAGAUGAGCCGGAAGCACGUGCUGCCAUGAUCUGGAUUGUUGGCGAAUAUGCUGAGCGUAUUGACAAUGCUGAUGAGCUGCUGGAGAGCUUUCUGGAGGGUUUCCAUGAUGAAAGCACUCAGGUGCAGUUGCAGCUGUUGACAGCCAUCGUCAAGUUGUUCUUGAAAAAGCCUACUGAGACACAGGAGCUGGUGCAGCAGGUGCUGAGCCUGGCCACACAGGAUUCUGAUAACCCAGACCUCAGGGACCGUGGUUACAUCUACUGGCGUCUGCUCUCCACUGAUCCUGUGGCUGCCAAGGAGGUGGUUCUGGCUGAGAAGCCCCUGAUCUCGGAGGAGACAGAUCUGAUUGAGCCCACAUUGCUGGAGGAGCUUAUCUGCCACAUUGGUACUCUGGCCUCUGUCUACCACAAGCCUCCGAGUGCCUUUGUCGAGGGCAGCCGUGGUGUUCAGCACAAGAGACUCACCGGCAGUGCUGGAUCUGGGGAGAGUGAGAGCCCAGACGCUGGUUCUGCUGGUGGAGUUUCUGAAGCCCCCCCUGCUGUCAUCCCAUCCCAGGGAGACCUGCUGGGUGAUCUUCUUAAUCUGGACCUGUCACCUCCUACUGCCACAGGACCACCACCGCCCUCAUCUGGCAUGCAGAUGGGUGCCAUGGACCUUCUUGGAGGAGGACUAGACAGCCUAAUGGGGGAUGAGUCUGAGCCGCCGCACAUUCCCCCGCGGACGGACACUCCUCAGUCACCUCAGCUCCCACAUCAGUCCCCAUCGCCCCCAGAUUACAGCCCCACCGAGCUCGGUGGAGACCUUGGAGGAAGUCCAGCUAUGGGCUCUGGUUUCGGUGGUCCUCCCGCUGCAAUGCCGGCAUCUUUCAGUGCCCCGGUUAGCGGUGGUCUGGAUGACCUGUUUGACCUCGGCGGUGGAGUUGGUAUGCCCAUGGGGGCCUACAGUCCUCCUAAAACAAUUUGGCUUCCUGCCAUGAAGGCCAAGGGUCUGGAGAUAUUGGGCACUUUUGCCCGCCGUGCCGGGGUCAUCCAAAUGGAGAUGACCCUCACCAAUAAAGCGAUGAGUGUUAUGAGUGAUUUUGCCAUCCAGUUCAACAGAAACAGCUUUGGUCUUGCUCCAGCUGGUCCACUUCAGGUUCUUACUCCUCUGAGCCCAAACCAGAGUAUUGAAGUGGCUCUGCCCCUCAAUACUGUGGGACCCAUCAUGAAGAUGGAGCCUUUGAAUAACCUGCAGGUGGCUGUUAAGAACAACAUUGACGUAUUCUACUUCAGCUGCCAGUACCCCAUCAGCAUGCUGUUUGUAGAGGACGGGACAAUGGAUCGACAGGUGUUCCUCGCCACAUGGAAAGACAUUCCGAAUGACAAUGAGGCCCAGUUUCAGAUCAAAGACUGCCACCUCAACUCAGAUGCGGCUUCUAACAAACUGCAGGGUAGUAACAUCUUCACCAUAGCCAAGCGUACAGUGGAAGGUCAGGACAUGCUCUAUCAAUCCAUAAAACUCACCAAUGGCAUCUGGGUGCUGGCUGAGCUGAAGGUGCAGGCAGGAAACCCAAACUUCAUGGUUUCUCUCAAGUGCAGAGCUCCGGAGGUUUCCCAGUGUGUGUUCCAGAGCUACGAGGCCGUGCUGAAGAACUGAAAGAAAGAAAAACAAGCACACAAGGACCAGCCCGCCGCCCGCUGCCCUCAGACCCCCCUGUCACCUCCCCUCACUCUCCCCCUCACCCGACCCAUGGACCAUUUCAGAACCUCACGCAGCACAGGAGCCACUUCCUGCACUCUGUAUGUCAUCCAGCUAUUUAUUUAGGAUGGUUAAUGAGCUGCUGUCUCAUUGUGGACGGCCUUGUUUAUUCACAUGAAUUGUCUGAAUAAACGCUUCCUCCUCUCCCUCUCUCUCUCCCUCACAUGCUCUCUCUCGCUCUCUCUCUCUCUCUCCCCCGGUCUGAGCCGUCCUGUAACGACCUUCAUUCGUUUUGGGGGACAGACUCGUGUUCUCAUGAGUGUUUUCUCAGCAUGAGGCUUUUUAAAUCAUUAUCUAGCUCCACCUCUUGGCAAAUUGGAGGCCAUUUGUAGUGUCUGUAAUCAGCAGGUGAAUCGUCUCUGUAGGCAUAUUUAUUUGGGGGGAGGGCUCAAUUGACAAGUGCGGCAUACAGAGGCUUUAACUGUCCUUGUCCCUCUGCCUGUGUGACGUGGAAAUGUCUGCGUGUUUAAAAGACACGGACGAAUACUUUCCAACUGCGUUAUUACUGUUGUCUUUGUCCUUUUUUUUUAUAGUUUUCUUUAGUGUCUGUGGUUAGCGGUGAGGUCGGCUCCUUUUGUUUUCCCCCUGGAAGCAGAAACGACUGAUGUGCUGUGUGCAUGGAAACCGUUGAGGUGUGUGCGUGUGUUCUCUUUUUGUUUUUGGUCAUUAUGUAGACAUUAUAUCGACGAGCGGCAGCUGUCCACACACUGCUGUCUUUAUUUAGUCAUUCCAUGGUUUAAUUUGUGUUUAAUACUCAUAGUCUUGUCGUGUUCAUGGUCCUGUUAGAGGGGCAGACUGAGUUCAGGGGGUCACGGGUGUUGUUGAUUUAUUUACUCGCUUCACUCUCGGACGUGUUCGCCUGCCACUUUGCUGUCCUCUUUAUUCCCCCUCACAUCGUUUUCCUUUCCAGCACCACAGCCACCUGAGGUAAAGACUCAGGUGGCACGACGCUAAACAUGUGACCUCACGGCGUCGGCGUCACACUCGUGAGUCAUGAGUCUCUACAUGUAGGUAGCACACACUGUCGUAGCGGAAGCGAGGCUUAGAGCAACAUCCUGGGUCCCCGGUGUACUUGCGAGGACUCUAAAGAUUAAUUAUAUUCCUUCCUUCCUUCUCUGACUCAUUUACACUCGAGCCCUUUUAUCGACGCUGCCGGAUGCGUGCACCUACGCCGUCUUGUUACGUACGUACAUGUGACAAUGGACUGAGGUGGCUGUGUGUUUCUGAGUGUGUGUGUGUGUGUGUGUGUGGUGACGGCUGAGUCAUAUAAAACGCUGUUUAAAUAAUAACAGUUCAAUCAUGUUUCUUUUUCGAUUGAUGAUGAUUUUUGUUCGUUGUGUGUGUUUUACGUCAUUUGAAAACCAACUAUUAAAAAAAGAAAAGUCUUGAUAAUUUCA